AUGAUAUUCAAAGUGAUCAGAAUUAUCACCAGUCUGCUUCUUUCCAACCAUUUUCUUUUCGGAAAAGGAUGUGAAAUUCAAGGCACUAUUGAUGACAAUAGUGCAUUUGACGUGAAAGUACCAUUUGGUUCACGAAAACCUCUAAAAUGUGGUUUAUUACCUUACGAAGCUAUUUCAAGCAUAAAUGGCUACUGGUAUGCUCAGACAGUUACCGGUUCAAAUGACAUACUAUCCAUACGCUUAGAAAAUGACGAAGCUGUUAUCUUACCACCAGAAGGCAGGAACCUCUUUGACAUUCCCGGAGUUGCUGAAGUUGAAUGCGUUUUCCAUGAUCGUAACAGUCACGAGAAAUACUUUGAAUUCAGGAAGAAGCUGAAUGUAGAUUUAUGUGAUGUGCAAGGCUCUUUAAAUGAUCAACCUGAACAAUGGUUAUCAAUAAUGAAUACGUCACACACAAAUACGGUUCACUGUGGCCUUUUAUCACCUUAUUUAGACAGAACCUUCAACAACUACUUAGAAGGUCGAAUAAUCUGGCAAUCAACUAAUGUUUUAUAUUUGAAUAAAAGUCUUAAUGGUGUUACAUUUCAAGUGAAAAAUGUUGGAGCAGCACUAAUUGAAUGUUUUCUUCGAGAUUUAAAGGAUCAUCAAUAUAUUUUUUCCUAUACCGGAACAAUAAUAUAUAUGACUCAGCAGCCUAUUGAUGUGGUAUAUUUGGAGUCUAAUUAUAUUCCAUUAUAUAGUAAUAAAAUACUUUCAUUUCCACUGAAAAAAGGAGAAAAUCUCAAGUGGAAUGUAACUUUUAAUAAUGACAGUGAUCUACUGUCUUAUAGUUAUGAAUUACAUUGUAUCAUUAUUUCACCUUAUGGCAAAUAUGAUAAAUCAGGUGAAGUGAUAUUUCAAACGCAACAAAUAAAUGAGAAUACUGGUGAAUUCAUAAGGAGUGGGAUAACAAAACUGAUAAUUUACGAUGGUGAUUGGGAGGGUACAUUGAAUGGUAAAGACACUUCUGAUGUCGUUGUGGGUGUUGGUUCAAGUGAAAAAUUCAAAUGUGGUCUUUUACCACACCACUUUAAAAUAGAAUUAAUGGGUUAUUGGGAAGCUGAAGUUGUCAGAGGUCAAUCUACAUUAAUAUCUAUACAGAAGUGUUACAGACAAGCUGUUAUCGGACCACCAGAAAAUUCGCUGAAUUAUACAAUGAAAGGCUACCUUCAAAUCCAGUGCAUACUAAAGAGAAAUACAAAUAAUGAAGUGAUUUUAAAAUUUAGGAAAACAUUCGAGAUAUUAGACAGUAUGCUGGGAACAUUAGAUGGACAGAGCACUGAAAAUGUUCAAAUUUAUGUUGGUUCUAGACCAAAUUUAAUGUGUGGUUUAUUACCUAGAAAUAUAGAGUCUAAGUUGAAUGGUUAUUGGACAGCUCGUGUAGUAAGAGGAUCAAAAAACUAUGUGAACUUUGAAUCACAAAAUGGAAGUGUUUUUAUUAAACCAUCAGAGAAAGCUAAUUUCUACUCUAAGCCUUUUGAUAUUGAAAUAGAAUGCAAUUAUUCAAAGCAUAGAAUCGGUGGAAAAAUUUUCACCUUUACGAAAUCUAUGAAAGUGAAAGAAUUAUACAUUAUCUUACAUCCAAAUGUUGAGUUACGAAAAAAUUCUGAGAGGUUAAUAUCUGUUGAUAAUUCCCACAACCAUCCAGUGAUUAAACCGCCAACAGGCUUUUCAACAUAUCCAAAAUCUGGUCAUGCCUUCAUUGAAUGUGUAUUUACAUUUACUGAUGGAAGGAAAACAAGAACUAUGCUGGAUAUUGAAAUUUAUACACUGAGAUAUGACACCGAAAUCACUCAUCAUCUAUAUUGUCAAGAUUACCAUCACUAUUAUCAAAAUAAUUAUAUUCUACCAAUGACAUCAAUCAAUUAUACCACAUCAGUGAAAUCACUACCAACUAAUCUUAUCAGCAUUGUAUCAUUAAGACGUAAGGAAUUCGGUGAUGAAGAAUUCACAAAACUGUUACAUUUAGCCAAAAUGUACAAAUCUUAUACAAGAAUAGUUCACCACUGGCGAAGCCUAUAUGACGAUAAUGAUCGUGAAGGUCUUAUCAGUUCGUCAGAAUUAUUGAUUGAUUUCAUUAGAUCUAGUAUGAAAAUAGAUGAAUACCAAAAAAUGCAGGAAGAUUGA